AUGAUUAAAGACAACAAGCUGACCAUUGAAAACAUUAAUUACAAGUUAAUAAAUCAAGUGAAUGUAGAAAAUGAAGCAAAUAAUAUUUGCGAAAUAGAGGAGGAACGUGCAGACAAAACUGCCAGCUACUUAAACCCUGAUGUAGUAUUUGAAAAACAAACAUAUGGGAUAAAAAAUUUUAUGAACAAAAGGCAUUCGGUGGAUUCCUUGGAAAAUGGGGAAAUGAGCCCAAACAAUGUUCUCUUACAAAAACAAAGUGUUAAUUAUGUAAAUAAAACUAGUGAAGAAACCUUUGACGGAGUAAAUCAGCGGGGCUCUAGGAGUAGUGGUGCCAGCUUCCAUGCAGAUAUAAACAAUGACAUUAUGACGUAUGUAAAUAACAUAGGAAAGGACGUCAAUCCGAGGAAGGAUUAUGAGAUUGACACAUGUAACAAUUUAUCCAGUGUGCACAUCCUAAAUGAUGCACACAUACAUGAAAGGGAAAGCGUCUGUGGCGAGGCCCCCUCCAGUAAAGUCAACUUAGCUACGCUAAACAUCGGUGCAGAUACCGCCAGUCCUCAGAAUGCUGCGUCGAGUAUAAUCCAAAAGUGCGACCGGUUGAAUAGGCACUCUGUCGAAAGUAUCAACAAUCUAGUCGACCCUAUAGCGGAUAAAAAGAUCAUCACCCAUGGGGGAGCUAAAUCACCAAGUAGGCGUGCUCACAGUGGGUUCAGGCCGCCCUUCAUGAAUCAACAGAUGUUUCAAAAAAGUAAAUGUGAAAACCCUGUGCUGAACAUGACCAGUAUUCAUAAGGAGGUUAACGUUGACCCUGCGCGUACCAAAGAGGAGGCACAAAAGGAAAACCCAGACGUAACCCCAAAAGUGAAAAAAUUAGAGAUUUUUAAAAAUUAUUCGCAGUACGAAAUUAUGAAUGUUCUGUGCAGUAAGUGGAAUACGGAAAGAUCUUCAGAGUCUUUACCAUACCCGGGUGAUGUAUCCCAAAGUGAGGAAAAAAUAAACGAUGAGAAAAAUCCAAAUGAAGAAAAUGACACGGCUAAGGUAAAAGUAUCCACAAAUGAUGAUCUGUGCCCUCCCCCAAGUGACCAUUCCCAAAUAUAUACCCAUUCAGAAAAUUCCAACAGCUCAACCAAAAGAAGGGAAGAAAUUCUACAGUUACUUUUCCACAACAUAGAAACCAAAGAGCUAGAUGACAUAGCUAAAAAUUUAUCAUUUCUGAAAAGAAUGCAACAAUAUUUUUACCAGAAAUAUAUUAACAUAAAAUUCCCAAAUGACUCCAAUGACUACCACUAUUAUAUACACCUCGAUUGGUUUAACAAAUUGAAGGCCUUUAUCUUCACUCCAAAUGGGGAAUUCCCAGGAUGCAUCACAAACUAUAAAUUAUAUAACGAAGAGGAGUCAGACAACGAGUCGAUCAGUCCAUAUAUGCUGAACAAAAAACACAUGAAAAGUAAUUUAAAAGAGGGGAAAGAUUAUAUAUGCACCAAUCAGUACAUGUGGAGGUUUUUACACUUCCUGUUCAGAGGCGGACCCUGUAUUAAACGAAAUAGCAACAAUAUUUAUGACCGUUAUGUGCCCAUUUCAAAUUCUGAUCUUAUGAAUAAAAAUAUUAUCUAUAUGAUGGAGCCCCAAUAUGUGGAUAAUUUAUUUUCCACGUUUAAUUAUUCGAAAGAGGGGCUGUGGAGCGACACUACCCAUUCGGGAAACAGUUUAGAAGAUGCACAGAAGUCGCUUCUUGGUGGAGUGUCACCAAGUGAUCUUUUCUCUCCAUCUUCCCCGAUUAAUGGUCAGAUUGCUUCCGCCAGCGAAGCGGCUAUAAAGCAUCGCACCAAACAGUGCGCACACAACUAUUACGAGUUCUUGUUCCAUUACGGUCUGAAGGAAAAGGAAUAUAGCUCUUCCUUUUUUCUCGAGUAUGAUGAAUCGAAUCCAAGAAUUAUGAACAAAAUGAUCGAUUUGAAAAAUAAAAAUUCGUAUGAAAGUGUGUACUCAUUUUACUCAAAUGAAAAUGACACCUUCAGCGACAGUGCCAUUGUGCACGAAGUCUAUGGUGCCAAUGCAAAAAGUGACCCCAGUGAAUUAUCCAAAAAGGAGACCCCUUCAGAGAAGGAAAAGAAUGGUAGUAAUUCCAGUGUGACUUCUGGUCCGAAUCGAACUGGGGCCACAUCUGCGGAGAAGGUGGAAGUUGGCCACAUGAUGUUGCCGCCCAUGCGCCUCUCAAGAAAGCUAAGCGACAACGUAAAGAGCGCCUCUGUGGGUAAUGAAGGCGGUAACAGUAAUGGAAAAGACGGCAGUAGUAACGGAAAUGGCGGAAAUACUAACGGAAACCGUGGUAGUGGUGACGCAAAUGGCGGUAGUAGCAACGGAAACGGCAACAAUAACAAUAACAGUAACAAUAGCAGUAACAAUAACAGCAAUAACAGUAAUAAUAACAACAGUAACAGUAAUAAUAACAAUAACAAUAAAAAAAACAAUGACAGUAAUAAUAAUAAGAAGAACGCGCAGGAGGAAGACCCGCAAGAGGAAAACCAGGAAAAUGCGGAGGAAACGGCCACCAGCACAGAUGUGAAGACGGAGAACAAGUCCGACAACGCCACCUCCUACUUCGGCCCCAAGGCGAACAUCGGCACGCCCAGCAUUCUAAGCGGCAACUAUACCUACACAAAAAGCAACGCAAGUAAAGCCAGCAGUAAUAAAAGUGGAAACCCAAGUAAUAAUCGGCCUAUCAGUUCUGGCAAAGCACUUUUAACCCCGCCUCCAAAAAAGAACUCCUUAGGUUACCAUUCCUCAAAUGGGAACGAAAUUUACAAGUCUUGCGAAGAAUACAAUGCUGACAAUGGGGAGGACGCAUCCAGCAAUGGUUACCUAACAACCACCGAGACGGAAUCGAAGGGCACAACGGACAACAGUAUUAAAAGUGCAACCAGUUCACCGAAAGGUGAAGGUGAGCCAAAGGAGGAUGUAAAAAAGGGACAAAUUUGUAAAGAUGGAAAUAAGCAGAGGAGGGGUAGCACGUGUAGUCGUGCCAGUAUUGGUAGUAACGACAGCAAUGACAGCAGUAGUGGUGCCAACGGGGCUAUCCCCAAAAAAGUUUCUACGGAAAGGAAUGGUGCCACUGCCGAUGAUAAAAGGACUAAAAGGAAAGAAGAAUAUCAGAAGAAUUUUAAUACAAACAAACAGCCAACCGAUGGUAAUUCAUGCAAAGUCCUAGACAGGUUAAAUACUACGCUAAACACCGCCAAUUUAAUGCUAAAGGGAUAUAGUAGCUGUUCCAGCAACAGUAGUAGCUAUCGUGGAAGUAGCAGCGGGAGUAGCGUCGGAAGUAGCAACAACCACAGCAGUAAUGGUAGUAGCAACGCUAGCAGCAAUUUUAGCAUUCGCAACCAUGCCUCUUCGAACCGGAGUAUGUACAAUGAUAGGGAACGAAUAAAAAAUAUGAUAGCAUCCAGUAACCAUAAAAGAGAAAGCGAAUUCAACAAUAACUGCCUCAGCAUGAUAACGGCGAAAGAGCAACCAGCUGGACUUGUCAACUACUCUGCGACGUGUUACAUAAAUGUAGUUCUUCAAUGUCUAUCCGUUCAAUUCAAAUUAAUAUAUACGCUACAAAAUUACGUAAACGUGAAAUAUAAAAAUAUGAACGUUUCUAGUGAAGAUACAGACAAUAUGAACUCCUCAUUUAUUAACAAAAAUUUCUUCACCAAUAGUAUCCCAUUUAACCUCUUUGGAAAUAAUAAUAAAAAAAAAGAUGAAUGUCUUUUACUAACUUUAUCACAUAAAUUAUUUCAACUAAGUAAAAUGCACAACAAAGGAAAAGUUCUGAACGUUAAUAAGUUACUAAAUUUGCUGAACGAUAAAUAUUCUUACCUCUUUGAAUAUAAUGAACAGCAAGAUUGCCAUGAAUUUCUUCUCCUCCUUUUUGAUUUUAUUCAUAAUAUGAUGAAGGUAGUUGAUGAAACGGUGGACAAAAAUAACAAAAUUGAUUACUGCUUGAAGAAAGAACAAUCCAUCAUCUCAGAUUUAUUUUUAGGUUUAAUUGAAGAAAAAAUUACGUGCUCUCAAUGUAACUAUGUGAACUAUGUGUACCAACCUGUGUACAACUUAAGUGUUAAUGUAUUUAAAAAAAAUGCAGAAAAUAAUUUAAAUGAUAAUUUGGUGGAAUAUUUUAAAAAAGAGGAAGUAAAUUCUACUUGCGAAAAAUGUAAAUGCAAAAAAAUGUAUAAACACUCUUGUGUGUAUAAACAGCCCAAUGUUCUCAUCGUUCAUUUGAUUCGUUUGCUCGAAGAUGGGUCCAAAAUUGACAACCCCAUAAAAUUCGACCUGAAUGAUUUUACUAUACAAAACGUUUUGAAGAAAAAGAAUGGGCAAUACAUUGAGAACCCGAAGAAGUACAGCUUAUUUGGCGUUAUAGUUCAUCGAGGGUUGAACUCCAACUACGGCCAUUACAUCUGCUACACCAAGAGGAGACACUCCAAUGGCGCCACCGUGUGGUACAAGUUCGAUGACAGCAUAGUGACCGUCGUGGACGUUUCGGAAGUGGAGUCUGCCAAAGCCUAUUGCCUGUUCUACGAAGCCGUUAAUUAA